CUGAGCGCGGGAGCGCGGGCGCGGGAAGGGGGCAGGCGAGAGCGGCGGCAGGAGGAGCAGCGGCUGGGCUGCAAAGCCACAGCGAGCUGCGGGAGCCCGGGGAGCGCAGCGGCAGCGGCAGCAGCAGGGAUAGAAGCCACCGCGAGCCGCCUUAACGCCGCCCCGCAAAGCCGCCCGCCCGCCCGCCCGGGAAAUACACCCAGGAGCAGCCACCCAGCGAGAGGCGCUGGGAAAGCAACAAGCAAGCGCCCACCUCGCCGGGAGCCUUCCCCCCGGCACCGACGCUCGAGCUCGAUUUGGCAUCUGAUUGUUUUUUUCUCUUCGCACCCCUCCUCCCCCUUGGGGGUUCUCCCUUUUCCUGCCAGACUGACUCGCACCCUCUCGAUAAUUUAUCCCCCCUUCGUUUUUUUUCUACUCUUCUCCCUGCUUCCAAACCCUGUGUCUGUGUGUUUUAAUAACAUCACAACCUCUGUUUAAAACCAACCAACCAACCAAAACCCUUCCUCCUCUGACCCCAUCCAACACCCCUUGUUAAGGUCAGAUUUUCUUCAGACUGAGAAGGAGUUGUAGCGCAUGAGGAUCUGAUACAGUAGAACAUAGUCAAUUACAGCUUUAAAAGAUUUCUGCCUUAACUGAGAGCACACGUAGUUACUGCAAGGAAGGACUGACAGCAGUUUGUUAAACACCACUGGGUCUUCUUACAAGUUGACUAAGUGGAAAAACUAAGAAACUGCUUUCAAGCAUUGAAGAUACCAGGCCAGGAUGAACACAAAGGACACAAAAGUGACUGAAGGAGGUCUCAAUGUCACACUUACCAUACGCCUUCUCAUGCACGGCAAGACCAUUUCUCCAGUUUGUCCAAAUCAUUUUGAAUUUUAACCCUGUCCUCCAAAGCACUUGCAAGCCCUCCAGCUUGGUAUCAUCUGCAAACAUUGAGGUUGGGAGCAUUAUUGGAAAGAAAGGGGAGACAGUUAAGAAGAUGAGGGAGGAGAGUGGUGCUCGAAUCAAUAUUUCAGAAGGUUCCUGUCCAGAAAGAAUUGUGACAAUAACAGGCCCAACAGAUGCAAUUUUUAAGGCUUUUUCUAUGAUUGCAUUAAAAUUUGAAGAGGACAUAAAUGCUUCAAUGACAAACAGCACGGUGACAAGCAAACCACCUGUGACACUGCGACUUGUAGUCCCUGCAAGUCAGUGUGGAUCCCUUAUAGGAAAAGGGGGUUCCAAAAUCAAAGAAAUCAGGGAGUCCACAGGGGCCCAGGUACAAGUAGCAGGGGAUAUGUUGCCAAAUUCAACAGAACGUGCUGUAACUAUAUCGGGCACUCCGGAUGCCAUUAUUCAGUGUGUAAAACAAAUCUGUGUGGUCAUGCUAGAGUCCCCACCCAAAGGUGCCACCAUUCCCUACCGUCCCAAACCUGCCUCUGCACCUAUCAUUUUUGCAGGUGGCCAGGUAAGAGCAGACACCAUUUUGGCUUCAGCUGGAAACCACACCGUCUUGGCCCAACCUCAGCCAGCGCCUGCGUUUACAAUUCAGGGGCAGUAUGCCAUCCCUCAUCCAGACGUGAGUCCAGCGCAUUUGACCAAGCUUCACCAGUUGGCUAUGCAGCAUCCCCCCUUUACUCCCCUUGGGCAGACCACCCCUGGUUUCCCUGGAUUGGAUGCCACUACUCCAACCAGUUCCCAUGAGCUUACUAUUCCAAAUGAUUUAAUAGGCUGCAUUAUUGGCAGACAAGGCAGUAAGAUAAAUGAAAUCAGGCAGAUGUCAGGAGCGCAGAUCAAGAUUGCUAAUGCCACAGAAGGCUCGGCAGAACGACAAGUUACAAUCACAGGCUCCCCGGCAAACAUCAGUUUAGCACAGUACCUCAUUAACGCAAGGGAUUCCCCACACAUCGAGAUGAGAAUAGACCCCUUCACUUUUAGUUGCACAAACACCAUAUGGCAUGCACCUGGAUUGCAGAAGAUAACAAUUUAAGAUCUUCAAGACAGCUAAAGCAUGCAAAUAAAGUAAUGCAAGUUAUUAAUGGAGUUGCAGUGAGCUGCUCACCAGAGACAGAAACUCUAGUGAACAAACCUCUCUUUGACUCACUUAGAAAAGCCUGUGAACUCUCACAGCUCUGAUUAUUGCUGUCUAAUGGUUCUUUUCAUGGAAUGGGACAUUUAAGAGGUCUUUUAACACACUUUUGCAAUGAAGAAAACUGCUGAGCAAUCAUAUUCCAUGGAUACUAUAUACCCUGUGAAACUCGAAACAAAGUAGUACUUUAUUCUUGUUGAAUUUCUAGGUAGAAAGCAUUUGUUAUCAUCAGAUACAAUAAACGAUUAUAUAUUCUGUACCAUAUGUUGAAAAUGUAUUUAGGUAAAAUGACUUCAUUUGUGAAGGAAGAGUCUUAAAACAAUGUAUAAUAAAUUAAGCUCUCAAGUAUCCUAGUUAAUUAAGGUGGCCUGUUCAUUUUAAAAAGCUAUGUUAUGUGACCAAUUUUUUGCUAAAAGAUAUAAUGAGGAGAGAGGAAUUCUGUUAACUUAGGUGCCAACACAGCAACAGAACUAGUUGGCAGACAAGGAUUGAAUAGGCCGUGGAAAUUGAAUAACUUCAGUCCAACAAGCGGUGUCCCCAACCUGUGGCUUACGCAGCUUGGCAAGGCUACGGGAGGGAAAUAUAGAGUGCCAUAGCCCAUGCGGGACCUUUUCUGGGGAUAAAUGGGGCCAGCUUUAAGGGUUGUAAAUCCAAAACUUUAUAUAAGUCCUAUGUGCGCGUUCUUUUUUAAAAUUUUUAUUUAUUUAUAAUUUUUUAUUAAACAUAAAAAGCAGAUGUGAAAUAAAUUGUUACUAGAGAGAGUUCAGUACAAUAUCAAAGUACUAAACUCACCAAGAUACCCACUGGUAUGCCAAAAUAGUUAAUGUCCACCGAGACCAGAGGCCACCAAGUUUUCCCAUCAUUCCUGGAUCUACCUUUUCUUUCUGUUCAGGGAGUUACUUCUGAUACUGACAUCACACUGCAGACCAAUCAGCUCUGACUCGUGUUGUAAUGUCAUUCCCAUUGGUUUGGUUUCCAGGGGCAUUACUUCUAGGAAUUACAAUACAUAAUUCCAGGUUUGGCAGUAGCAUGAGUUUUAAAAGAAUACCAGUUAUUUGAAGUACCUAAACUAUUUCUAGCCAGUUUUGUCUUCUUUAAAAUCAUUUAUCAGACAAUUUUAAAUAAAGAUUCUUUUGUUGCAGUAUCUUGUUGAAUAUGUGCAUGAGAAUAUAUAAACUAGGUUAAAUUUAAGGCAGCAUGGUCUAUAGAGACAGAGAUUUAACCUUAUUUUUGUUUCUGUAUGGAUAUAGCCAACUGUUGAUAUUUGUACCCCUGAAAUAUGCCCCAUCUUAGUUAUGUGCAUUAGGAAUGCUUUAUUUCCUGUAUAUCUCUUGUCUCUUAACUGGUCUCCAGCCUGAACCAUGUAACCACAGGACUUGGGAAAUAAGGUUCCACUGUAAUAAUUGGAUCCUUGUUAUCAAAUUAUUAUCUUAAAAUUCUUACUAAAAAUGAAGUGAACCACAAUUUAAGUUUAAACUGUAUGAUAUAUGACUUCUUCUUUGGGUUAUAAAUGGAUUUUAGCCAACGGUGCUUUCUUAUUCUUGUUAAGGAGUAGCUUUUUGAAGAUAUUUUUACUUCCAUUUUGAUAACCAUUGAUUAGUUCAAGGAUAAUUAAUAAGGGCCCACCCCUAUAUUCCUUACCUACUCAAGAAAUCCACUGAUUCCACAGAACACAGGAUGUGGCCUUCAAUGUAUUUAUUCAUAAAAUGAAGCUCUUUUCUGAAAAGUAACUUUGUAAAACUGGCAUCAUGGAGUUCCAGGUGUGUCACGCAUCAUUGGCUUCCAAAUUAAAUGUGGUCUGUUUACAUGUAAACAGUUGAUUUUGGUAACUGCAGACUCAACAAGGCCUCUGAAAGCCAAGUUGGAUUCCUUGUAUUUUAUGCAUCAUCACCACCACCACUAGAAAUAAAGAUCUGGGAAGGCAGGCCAGAUUAGACCCUUAGUUAUGCCUGUGCAGUUCAGUACAUCAUUUGGAGACAAUGAGGUUACACAGAUGUCACUGAGGCCAUGAUUUUGGCCUGCAGAAUAUUUGCCACCUGUGAUGAUACACGAGAAGGUAUUUGCAGCCCCCCGGCUGAACUUUCAGCAUUAGCAGCUAGAAAAAUCCCAUCUCAUUACUUGCCAACUGAGCCAGUUUGAUGUGGAUCACUGUGCGAUGAUAAACAAUGAAUCCUCACAAUGUCAUUUUUACAGACCCCUCUCAGAGUAAAACUGAGCUGUAAAUAUAAAAUCCAGUUAUAUACAGAUUAUCUUACAAAACAUGCUGCUCCUGCUCACCAACCUGAGAAGGCACCUUGUAGUUGGCUCCAAAUUUCAGGGUCAGGUAACAGGCAUUUUUAAUGUAAAUUAUAUAGUUUAAUAUUCCAGAUGGCAUUGUUUGCUGUAUAAAGACGCUAUUAUUGUCUUUCUACAUAGACCAGUUUUGACACCAGGUAAGAGAAAGCAGUGUUGUUCAGUGGGAAUGGGUGAGACUUGUGGAGGCAGAGAUUAAGAAAACCAAAGUUUUCUGUUUCAUGAACCCCAAACCUUUACAAACAUAGCUGAGACAGCUUCUGGCUCCCUGGCAAAAGUGCUGGUCAAAAGAGCCCACUUCCUUGUCAGGUAGGAUUACCAAGUAUGAAAAAUCGGGACGGGGUGGGGGGUAAUAGGCCCCUUUAUAAGACAAAGCCCCAAAUAUUGGGACUGUCCCUAUAAAAUCAGGAUAUCUGGUCACCCUAUUGUCGGGGGAAGUGAAGAACCUGAUAUCUCCCCCCCUCCCCAUACAUCCAAACAAGCCCCGAGCUCCCUCACACAUACCUUUAGCGGCCGUUCUGGGGGUACCAUCCUCAAACACCGUUACCUCUGUCAGCUGCAAGGGAUGGUUUCAUCUGCUGUCCAGGGGCAGCACUUAGAUCAAAGGGAGGGGCUUCUGGUGGUUGCCCAUCUCCAUUCAACAACAGUGAGCAGGAGACAUUCCUGCAAGUCACUUGAAGCUGCAUGGAGCCCUGGGCUCAGGGAAGACCCUACUUGCAUUCUUGUUAGGCCUGCCCAGAGGUGAAAUUCAUCCUCUUGACUGAGGCCUGGAUAUGAUUUGUCCUUAAUCCUAUGCAAUAUGGGUGUGUCUGUCCUUUAGUGCUUAAAUGAACAGGGCAGCAGGGCUAGAAGUGUUCCCCAGUCUGCUGCUGGCUGAUGAUAGAUAGGCCUCUGCCACAGGCCCUUCUCCUGCCCUUUGUGGAUUAUGGGGCAUUGGGAAUCUCUGCCAUUCCUGCUCCCACUCCCAAAUAGAAUAUGUUGGAGAGGGAAAGUACUGCUCCCAGAAGUGGGCACAGGGAGGAAGCAGUGGAGGGUUGGCCAAUAGAUCGUCCCAAAAGAGUAGUGUGGUCCCAGCCACUAUGAGGAGAAAGCUUUAUAGGGAAAGGGGGCAGGGAAAUCUUCUUCCUCUGGAGUCACAGAGGAAGGCAGCUGGAGGGAUUCCUCUCCCCCGGUUCCCCAUCCGUGGCCAAAGAAGGGUUCUUCCACUCCACAGAUGACCCAGGAAGGCUGGGGGACAAUCUACAUUUAUUCACAAACUAUUUAUGGGAGACUGAUAGGAAAGACCAUACAAACUCCAUCUCUCGGGUUUAGAUCCCACCUUCAGAAAAUGUGUAAUACAGCACAGCAGUCUGUUACAUAAAUAACCUGCUGAAAUAUGUACUUGCCUGGAUUUCAUAAUACAUUUGUAAACAGAGCCAGAAUAGUGGGGUUUUCUGAUCCUUAUCCAUAUUUACAUGACAGACUGUAUUCAUUGCCCAUUCAGUUGCAUUACAAAGCUAGCAGUGUGUACUGAAAUACAUGUUUACGCAGUUGAUGGUCUACCCAGUCAAUAAUACACAGGUUAUAGCAAACACAUAUCAAAAUAUGGAUUUAACCAGAUAAAUACCUUCAUUUGAAAAAGCAGCUAAUACAUAUUUACCUGCUAAAACAACAUUUAUUUGGAGCUAUCAUUCAUAGUCUAUUGUGUAAGUAAGUGCUUAAAGAGCUAAAUAUGAGGCCAAAUUCAUCCUUAGUGUUGAUCCACCGAGGUCAAUGGAGUUACACCAGGGAUAAGUUUGGCUCGAUAUUUAUAUCCUCUGAAGAGCCCUUCUCUUCUUGGGACCAGCAGUUUGGGUUUCAACCUUUGUUCUGAAAUUCCUUAUGUUUUGUGAGUCUGUGUGAUAAUGUUCACGUUGUAUCAAUGUAGUUUCUUGUCUGUCAGUUGAUAAAUUCUUAAAUGUUAACUGUAAUAACUGAUACAAGUUCAGAAACAAUACCAUUGUCAUGGAAGAGCGGUGUAUGUCAGUCUUCCAUUAUUACAAUUUCCAUACAAUUAGAUGGCUUAGUUUAAAUUACUCGUUUGUAGUUAAAAGAAAACAAAGUCUGGUAAAGUACAAAGCUAAGUGAACACUCUGGCUAAUCAGAUUGGUUUUAUAUGAAAAAUGCACGUUUGCCUCUAGCAGUGAAUAUAACAGACGUUGAAAAUCGUAGCUUUGGGUGUAAACCAAGAACCAGUUUAUGCCUUAGAUUAGAACAAAACAUUGCUCAAUGUCCCCUCAUUCUAGCAAUUAUGAAGGAUACUCUUUGUGUCAUGGAAUUGAGCAAGUGCAAAAUUGACCCAAACCUCCCGCAUCCUCCCCUCCCACAAAAUACCCUAGAUUUUGAAAAGCAAAAUCCACCAUAUCAGUGCUGGGGAGUAAACUUCAUAAUUAUUUUAAGUUUUGCUUUAAGUUUUGCUUUUCCAUCUUUUUUGCCAUUAUCUGCAUUCCUUAGAUUUAUUUUUCAUUGAUGUAAAAAGCCAUUUAUUUAAAAGCAAACGUUUUGAGUCUCAGUGAUGUUUUCACCAUCAAAUCAUGAAAUACCCUUUUGUUAUUUCUCUUCUUUAACACAUAACAUGUUCCUCCUUUGACCCUCAUUUUUCCCUUUUUUCUCUCUCUCUCCCCCCUCCUCUUACUUGUCUGUUCCUUUUGUCAACCAAUCUAACCCUGCCCUUUUGUGUUUGCUCUCCCCCCCUUCCUUUCUGCCCCACUGACCCUUGCUUGACCCUCCCAACCUGUUUGUUCCUGUUCCUCUCUUCGU